AUGACGCUGCCGGGCAUUCCUGAUGCCGUGGCGCCAAAGUAUGCAACCUGCUCAGACUCCGAUCUCGUCCAGGGCGUGAGUUUGGUGGUGACAGUUAAGGACACCUGCGCUCAAGCAGAGGAACUGCUGACCCACCUCUCCACCAUCUUCCCCAAGGACAUGCACGUCUACUACGCCUACCCCGCCAUCCGCGGCUGCCGGCACGUAGACACCCAGAACGUCGGCAACAAGCUCUUCACGCACUUCACAGAGGUAGCCGUCGGUGCGGCAGAUGCACCAAUUGCUGGCUUCCUGAAGGUGCAGCCCCUGCUGAAGACAAAAUAUGCUGUUCUGAUGCACAAUGACGCCUAUCCCAUGGAGCGUGACUUCGCCUGCGAGCUUUUCCGGGCGCUGGAGGCGAACCCGCACUACCCCAUCGCAGCUCCGCAGAUCUACGAGGCCGCUAGCGACAAGGUCAUCGUGCCUCAUGGGCAUCAUCAGAACUUGCAUGUGCGGCCAUCGCCUACCAGUGAAACAGGCUUCAGAAUCGAUUAUGACCUGAGUCUGCACCUGCUGACUCAACGAAAGCCGGAGGACUUCCAGGAGGGACCUCAAGUCGACUUCUUGGAGGACCACGCAUUCUUCGCGCGAUCCGAUAGGUACCACGAGCUCUUGGACCCUGCUGGAUCCUUCACCCUAGAGUAUAUGGACAUGAUCCUCAACAUGCGUGCUCGCAACACCUCCGCCUGGUACGUGCCAACCGCACGUUGCAUUUUUGACGUCGACACCAACAAGAUCACCUGGGAGGAUGUUCCGUACUUGGUGUACAAGCGCAGCGAGCAAAUUGGCCACCAGGUCCGCACCUACCUCACGAAGAAGUGGGGUGUGGAGUUUGUGAACACAGGUAUUUGGAACUACGUGCGCUACGUGAUGCUUGCCGAUGUGGUGAUUAAGAAGGAGUCCCUUCCCACGGACUGGAAGGAUCAGGCUGCCAUCUUCUACAGCUGGUUCGAAAGCGUCGGCUUCAACCGGUACAACGGCCAGUACCUGCCGGACUUCAUCGAAGAGCCAGCCCCUGGCACGGUGAACGUGUCACGCACCAUGAAGUGGACUUUGCCCACAGAUGUUCCAGAGCACCGCGUGCCUCCCAAGAGCGCGAUGAACAUCCUUCCCAAGUUGCAGCGCAAGAAAGUCGGUGCCAUCGACAUCUCCUUCAAGGACCCUCAUCUUCCCAUUGGAGUUACCCAACGCCGCUGCGAUGCCUCGCAGCCGCUGAGCUACAGGGAGUGCGGGCUUGUUGUGGAGGACAACGGCGAGUGCAAGUGUUUCACUUACAACGUGCCCUUCAAUCUCAAGACGACGCUGUACCUGGACAAGCUGAUGGCCUGGAUGAAACUUCCGGCUCGCGCAUUCAUGUACGGGCAGAUGAAGUAUUGGUCUGUGCCAAUCGCGCCUGAGCAGAUGGACUUCUUCUGCGACCGCACCCAAGAGGACUGCUCAUUCGAGGUGUCCUUCUCGGAGAAUGCCAAGGUGCUGCAGUGGUCGUGGUUCGGCGACCAGGAGAAGCAGAUGUUCACGCCAGAGGGCAUGGCAAUCGGCGCAGCAAUUGCACUGGCAAUCCUUUGCCCAAUCUUAAUGCCAAGGCUGUCCAAGAAGAAGGCGGACAAGUUUUCCGAAAAGAAGCUGAACUGA